AACCGCCCGAGUAUGUUUUUUUUUGUGUGUAUUGUGUUUACUGGGACGCUUCGGUGUUCAUUGCUGAACGUUUCCGAGCUCCGCGGGUGUAAAAACAACAACAUGGACUUUAUAUAAUUAAACUGUAAGACUGUUUGGACUUGAUUGUAGAUUAUAAAGAUGAGUAAAGGCUGGCUGGAGCUGGAGAGCGACCCCGGUCUCUUCACGCUGCUGGUGGAGGAUUUCGGUGUGAAGGGCGUCCAGGUGGAGGAGAUCUAUGACCUGCAGAGUAAAUGCCAGGGCGCUGUUUAUGGCUUCAUCUUCCUGUUUAAAUGGAUUGAGGAGCGUCGCUCCAGGAGGAAAGUUUCCACUCUGGUGGACGAGACAUCGGUUAUUGAUGACGACAUCGUCAACGACAUGUUCUUCGCUCACCAGCUGAUUCCAAACUCGUGUGCGACUCAUGCCUUACUGAGCGUGCUCCUGAACUGCAGUAGGGUGGAGCUAGGCAGCACACUGAGCCGCAUAAAGGUCUUUACCAAGGGGUUCAGUCCAGAGAGUAAAGGCUAUGCCAUCGGGAAUGCUCCAGAGUUAGCCAAGGCACACAACAGUCAUGCCAGGCCUGAACCACGGCACCUGCCCGAGAAGCAGAACGGCAUCAGCGCCGUGAGGACGAUGGAGGCCUUCCACUUUGUCAGCUACGUUCCCAUCAAAGACCGACUGUUCGAGCUGGACGGCCUGAAAGCCUACCCCAUCGACCACGGUCCGUGGGGGGAGGAGGAGGAGUGGACAGACAAGGCUCGGAGGGUCAUUAUGGAGAGGAUCGGCCUGGCAACCGCAGGUGAGCCGUACCACGACAUCCGCUUCAACCUGAUGGCUGUGGUUCCUGACCGCAGGGUGAAGUAUGAGUCCAGGCUCGAGGUCCUAAAACGCAACCGGCAGAUCGUUCUGGAAGGACUGCAGCAGGCGAUCAGAGCUACCCAGACAGACGCGGUGCAGGAACGCAAGCCGCAAGACUCCUCCUCUGAGUCCACGCCCCCCACUGUAAAAAAGGAGGAGCGUUCAGACACUCCGAUAGCUCCUGCCCCGACUCCGCCCACAGCAGACGGGAGUGCUCUUGCUGUGUCCAGCUCCUCAGAAAAACACAAAACCACAGUAAAGCCCCCUGCUCCGCCUCCAGGGGGCAACACCAGCGGCCCCAUCGUCCAGCGCCUGCCUGCUUUCCUGGACAACCACAAUUAUGCCAAGUCCCCCAUGCAGGAGGAGGAGGACCUGGCUGCAGGUGUGGCCCGUGCUCGUGCCCCCGGACCCCCUCAGCCCUCGUAUUCUGAUGAUGAGGAUGACUAUGAGGAUGAAGAGGAGGACAGGUUCCGCAAAAAGCCAAGCGUGCGUGGACGGGGCGUGACCCGGAGCGGCACUGGGGGUGGUGUCUCAGGCGUGGAGAGCCAGCUGGCUCUGAGCAUGCUCGCUGAGAGACUUAAAAAGGAGACACAGAAGAAGGAGGCGUCGUCCGUGACGCCCGCACCCGGCUCCUCGGCCCUGAACGUGCGCACCGAGGGCCGCACCGGGGGCAUCAGCAUCACGCCCGCCUGCCAGCCCUCGCCUACGCCCAGCAAUGAGAGCACGGACACGGCCUCCGAGAUUGGCAGUGCUUUCAACUCGCCUCUGAGAUCUCCGGCACGCUCGCAGGCUGCCACUCGACCCUCCAGCCCCGUGGCCUGCCACCUGAGCCGCGUGCUGUUCGGAGAAGAUGACGUCCUGCUAAGACUGGACACUCGACACAAUCGCGCCGUCCGAGAACUCGGAGCGCUGAUCAGCUCCACGCAGCUGCAGCUUAGAGACGACGGGACCAUCUUUACACUUCUGAGUACUGGUACAGCACACACACACACCCCUUCUGAGGUGAAGUGGAGAAAGGAGGCUCAGGGGAGACAUGGAUGCAGGGAAAGGGGAGCAUCUCGUGAGCUAAAACAGGAAAAGGAGAUCUCGGAGUCGAGCAACGACAAGACUAGCGUUGAGACGCCGAGCUUCGCCGAGCCCGAGGCGCUCACCAAACCACUCGGGGAGAAAUACACGCCUAAAGAGCUGUUGGCUCUGCUGAAGUGUGUGGAGGCCGAUAUCGCCAACUACGAGGUAUAUCUAAAAGAGGAGGUGGAGAAACGCAAGAAAUACAAGAUCGAUGACCAGAGAAGGACCCACAACUAUGAUGAGUUCAUCUGCACCUUCAUUUCCAUGCUGGCACAAGAAGGGAUGCUGGCGAGCCUGGUGGAACAGAACAUUUCGGUGCGCAGGCGUCAGGGCGUCAGCAUCGGCCGCCUCCAUAAACAGCGCAAGCCGGACCGGAGGAAGCGAUCGCGGCCGUACAAAGCCAAGCGGCAGUGAGGAACGCGGCCCGGUGCCGGGAGUUCUCUUAGAAAGGUGCAGAUAAACUCUCUUUUGUAAAGGCAAGAAAUAAUGAACAAAUCAGUGCAACUACCACUGCUGAAUACAGCAUAGCUCACACACACACAGUGGGGUUAUGAUGACUCGCUCAGAGAAGAAAAACAAUAUAUACAGCGCUAGUGAACAUGUACACACCGGGAAAGAGGGGCACUAGUGAUCACACCUAAAAUACAAUAUAACUAGUCUUGAGGCACAUGAAGACGAGCCGUGUCAGUGAACACGCCGAGAAUAACCAAGAUGAAGUGAACACACACAUGGAUCAAGCUGUGUGUGUAGGUGUGUGUAGGUGUGAACUAAAUAAUUUGAAAUACUGGUGCUGGUGAUCACUCUGAGAUGCACCGCGGUAGUGAGCACAACUGCACAUGUACAGACUAGAGACAGCAAACACACCCGAAAUGAUCAAAGCUAGCACUGAUCAAUACACUCAUACUUCUGAAAACCAGUACUAGUCUUCGUGGAAACAGUUGUGGUAUUAAAACGAUUGCUUGUGAACACACCAUUUACACGUAGAAAAGCCAGGAAGUGGGGAAAACACACCCUGACUCAAAACAAAAGCACCUGUAAACACCCUAAAACGCUGUAGUGCUGGUGAACGCAACUCGGCACGUGUCCUGGCAGGACGUGCGUAUCGCUACAGACUACAGGCCAAACGCAAAAAAAAUGUGAUCUUGUACAUUAUGGACGAUUCUUCACUCUCGUAUUUAAUCGCUGAAGCAAUAAGAGCUCCGAACGCCAGGAAACAUUUCCGGAGACGCUCUCGUCUGGAGGGAUCAGUGUUAAUGGAGACAAAGGUUUCAAAUUGUGACCAAACUCCCAGAGCUCUAUGUUGUGCCAUAUCGUGUGUGUGUGUGUGUGCGUAUGUGUGUGAGUGUGUGUGCAUGAUCGAUUUGUAAUGGUCGUUUCUUGAUGUUCAAACUCGAAUAAAUAUGUUACACUAUAAAA